GUGAAAAAUUGAAGUCUUUGAGAUGUAGAGUGUAGACAGUGUAAAGUCUCUUGGAUUGACUUUCGACUAAUGAUCUCUCUUAUUCUUCGGGAAAAAAAAAGUCCUGUUGCUGUUCAUUGGAUUGUCGACAACACCGCAUUUCUUGAGCUCCAUCUUUGCUGGUUUCUUCUAUGAUCUUCCACCAUUUUUCUUGCUAAAGAUUGAAAGUACUGAGUUUUCUUAACAAGGAGCUUUGCUUGUCAAUGUCGAUUAGUGGGUCUUGCCUUUGUCCUAAAGAUGGUCCCUUUGUCUGAUUGCUUUUGUUUAAGAACCAUAGAGUGGUUUUACGUUCAAGUUCCUGCCCCAUUUCUUGCUCGUACGGCUGAGGGAGAGGCAAACUUGAGGUAUUAAGAUGGUUAACGAAUGGAAGAUUCAUUGUGCUUCAUGUGUUAUUCUUAAAGCCAAGGGUGUGGAUUCUUAACAAAAUUUCCUUAUAAAUGCUAAUGAAUUCUACUUUCCCGGUGAGUUUUUCAUUCUAGUGAUGUUUAGCUGACUUUUGACAUAAUCAAUCAGCAUUUAUUUGCAGUAUAUUGCAAAAGAUUUUUCUGUUUUGAUUGGUCAGAUGAGUUAUUCUGCAUAUUUCUAAGGAAAGUAAUUCAUGUCGGAUCUUGAGAAGUCUAGUAAGAUUUGGAGUCCAAAGGCUGUUGAAUUUGGGGACUCUGAGGCUGCCAAACUUUGCAAGAUUCUUCAUGAUUCCAAACAAUCUGUUGAUGAAUCUUUGCAGCAGACCGUGAGGUCAGAGAAGGUUAAACAUGGACAGUUCAAGGGUCAAGAUGGAAAUUAUAUAAGGCUUGGGCCGUGUUUCAAACCCGAAAGGGUUGAUGAAGUACUGGGGUCACUAAAGGAGUGUUUUCCUGCUGACUUUACUAAGUCACCUUAUUUGAAUGAACCAGAAAAGCUAAAGUGUGAUUGGCUGAAAAGCUCAGGCAAGCCAGUCAACGGGUGGACAUCUACCAUUGACACUCGACAGUGGUUUGAACGACUUUCCAGUAGGCAUGGUCAGUGGAGGAAACUGCGUAUAUAUGAGUUGCUAAAGCUCUCGACUUAUCCUGCUUUUCCCUUCUACGGUUCUGUAACUCUAGGAUUGCUCUGUUGUUGGAACCCCUGUCUCAAUGUGUUCAUCACCGGUCAAGGUUUCAAAACCAUAUCCCUUGAAGACAUAGCUUUUCUUACUGGAUUGUCUCCAUCUGGUACAGAUCUUCCCACUCAAGUUCUAAUAGAUGAAGCUCUUGACAUGGAGAAGAUUGCACCAUGGAAGAAUAACACAAAUAUGUCGUUUAACAUCAUUGUGGAUUCUUAUAACCCUGAUAAGAAUAAAAGUCUCUCUAUGGAAGUUUCAAGGAAAGAAGAGGUAUUAUUUAUCAACCUUGCUUUGUGUAAGCUGAUGAUGUUUCCUUCUUGCAAUGUGAAUAAAACUUUCUUGAAGCUUGCUGCAAACAUUGAGGCUUCCGGAUCAGAUCCAAAGAGAACUGAACCCUUGUGUCUUGCCCCUCUCUUCUUAGGCCAAGUGUAUCGAUGCCUUUAUCGACUUCGAACCCAUGACAAACUUUCUACUGCUGGUGGCCCUAUCUGGGUCAUAUCCAUGUGGGCACUCUUUCAUUUUCCUCACCUUGUUGAACAGAAAGAUAAUGAACAGAAAGCUAGCUUGAGUAAGCCCUCAAUUCUUCCUUGCACAAAUUAUUGCUGCUAUGGGGAGUUGGCUGUACAUACUGUAUCUCCAGUUGCACAUCUCUCAUUCGAAGAAGUAUUGAGGGGACUUCUUUUUCCCAGGGAGGCAACUCAAUCUGAUUGGCAUGUCUUUUAUAGGGAGGAUGAAAUGGAUAUUCGCUCAGAAAAAAAAUUUAGGACGAAUACAUUAGGGCAUUCGAUGAAGGUAGCAAUCCCAAAUUGGCUCCAAGAAAUAUCUUGCAUGAUUUUUCGAGAAAGGGAUCAACUGUAUUGGUCAUCUAUUUUGCUAUCUCGAGAUCUCAUCUGCCUUGAGCCUCAGGUUAUUGGUGUUGAAGUCUACAAUCCCAAUCUUGUAGCUCGUCAAUUUGGAAUGACUCAAGGCCUUGCUAUUCCCUUCUAUAAAACAUUAAAUCGUCCUUGGGGAACCAGACCCAAUCUUCUGGAAAUGGCGUUGAAGUCAACAGACAACAAGUAUGCUUUCACUGAAACAUGGCUGAAGGCUUUCCCUACCUAUGAGGUAAGGUCGCUUAAUAUCACCCCUUGGUUUAGACAGGCUGAGAUAGAUGCAGGUUAUGAGAUUUGGUGGAUUGACUAUCUCAAGAGAUGUCAACCUUCAUGGCUCAAGGGUUUUGCCGCACUUGUUCAAAACAUCCAAGGUUCUCUAAUAGUUUCGUCUCCAUCAAUUGAGCAAGCUUCUUUGAGUCCUUGGCAAAAUAAACAAUAUAGAGGAGCUCGAAAGCCUAAAAGUCCUUUUCUGCGAAAUCUGAGCCAGGGUAAAAUUUUUGCUCACAUCCCUACCUUCCCGCCGUCAGUUAAGGCUGUUGUUGAAGAGUCCGAGGAAUGUGAUGAUAAUACUCCACUCAUGAUUUUAAAACAGAGGCAUUCUGCUCAAUCUUGCCAGCCUUCCUUAUUGACUUCAAGAAGGAAAAGAAAAUAUGGCUUUGAUCCACUUGUCAAGGGCAAUUCUGAAGUAGUCUCUGGUGUCCUGAACGACAUAGAACAUGAUAUUUCUGGUGAUCUGCUAACCUCUUCGGAUAAUCCCAGAAAAAUAAACAUCAAAGAGAAGAAAAUCGCUCAAAACAAUGAACCUGAUAUUUUUAACGUUUCCUUGAAUUUUCUCAAGGUUCUUGAGAAGGAAACUGUGAAAGAGGAAGCAACCACCCCCUACUUACAGCAGGAAAAUUCACAUGCCACCGAAGUUAUUCCAGAAAAUUUGACUAAAAGAAACACUGUAGAAAGGCCUUCGAUGGACCCAAAUGAGAUGAUUUUGGAAUGCCAAGCAGUUGACCAUACGAGUAUCUCUCCUCCUCGAGCCGAUGAUCAACCAUCAAUGCAUGUGGAGCCAACCGGAGAUUUGACGAGUAGCGCUAUCACUUCAGAUAUCUCUAGCGCCAUUGUUGAUGGACCUUCUCCAUCACCUGAGGUGCUUGAAUCUUUGAAGAAACCUUCAAGCCCAAAAGAAAAGAUCCUCAAUAUAUUGCAAUGCAACAUGGAGAAUCUGGCAACAUAUGCUGAACUUGCUGAUCAGAUUCAGAAACUUGCUGUAGUAUCCCCUUCUCAGUUUCAGCCUAAUCUAACCCACUUCAAGACCAUUUUCCUGUCGUCGCUAGAUAAGCUGCAAGAUAUCAAGAAAAAUGCAGAUAGACUUAAUUUCAAUGCUGACAACAUUCAUGAAUUGAAUGCUGCUGCCAAAGAUCUUCGAGAUCGUAUUCAAGGUAGUCGAGAACGAAUUGACCAAUUGGAAGCAGAGUGCAGUGUAUAUGAUAAAGAGAUUGAAAAACUUGAAGCAAAACUUGCCAAUUUGAAGCAAGUGAGAGCUAGUAAACAGCAAGAGCUGACCCUUGAACAGCAAAAAUUUGCUGAUUUUUCCUCGACGUGGUCAGUCACUAUCCCAUCUCUUCAAAAGCAGGCUAAAAUCAUGGUUACUGCCCAACAAAUGAAGGCAGAACAUGAGUCUACCAUCAAAGCUGUCAAGACCAAUGUUCAUAGUUUUCUUGAGCUUCUAAGAACAAUGUAAUCUUCCCAAGUUGCAUAAAAGGCAACUCCUCAAACCUAUAGAAUUUGCUAUGUAGUCCAUUUGUAGAUAUGCCAAAUUCUUUUUUUUUAAAGAAGUUAAUAGUUUCCUAUGAGCAAGAAUACUGGGUACGAUCAUUGUGAUGAUUGAUGAUUAAUAGUUGAUGCAUGUAGUAAUCGCAUAUGCUAUUUUUCCUAA